AUGUUUGUUCAAUCACGGUCUCUGUUUGUCAGAAAAUGGUCAACAGCCUCGAACAUUACAGUGUGCCAAGCGCGCUUCAUCAAACAACUCACAUCACCUGAAUUACGAUCAAAGUUCAUCCAAUAUUUUGAAAGCUUGAAUCAUACACCUGUCAAAAGUUCCAGCCUCAUACCUCAUAAUGAUAAAAGUUUACUGUUCACUAACGCGGGCAUGGUUCCUUUUAAAGAAUAUUUCCUCAAGCCUGCUGAUGCACCUUUUAAAUGUGCAACCAGUAUUCAAAAGUGUAUGCGUGCUGGCGGUAAACAUAACGAUUUGGACAAUGUAGGGUUUACUCCUCGCCAUCACACUUUCUUUGAGAUGCUUGGUAAUUUCUCUUUUGGUAAAUAUUCAAAAGCUGAAGCGAUACGAUAUGCUUGGAAGUUUCUAUUGGAAGAAUUGGAAUUGCCAGUGAACAGACUGCGCGUCACUGUAUUGGAAGGCGAUACGGAGGCAUACGAUUUAUGGAAACAGCAAGGAUUAUCGGAUGACAAGAUAGUAAGCUGUGGGCCAGAGGAUAAUUUUUGGUCCAUGGGUGAUGGAGAGGGCCCCUGUGGUUCAUGUACAGAGAUAUUUUGGGAUACACAGGAUGCAUCAUUAGACGACCCAUGGUUAGAGAUUUGGAACCUUGUAUUUAUGGAAAAGUAUCGCAAUGCAAAAGGUCAAUUGACAGAGUUGCCUACGCCAUGCAUCGACACAGGAAUGGGGUUAGAGCGCAUGAUCUCUGUUUUGCAAGGCAAACAGAAUAAUUUUCAAAUCGAUCAGUUUCAAACACUUAUCGAUGGACUAAGAGAUGUGAUGGCUAAGAGAGGAAUUCAAAGCUCUAUAAACAUAGAUCCGAGUGCCCAUGAAAAGAUCAUAGCAGAUCAUUUUAGAGCAAUGUGUUUCUUGAUAGGUGAUGGUGUUGUCCCAAGUAAUAUAGGACGCGGGUAUGUGUUAAGGCGUAUCAUUCGAAGAGCACUCAGAUCGGCAAAGCAAUUGGGAAUUAAAGAGCCAUUCCUAACUGAUUUAUAUCCCUCGCUGCUGAGCGGGUUCACUGACGGUUCCUAUCCCGAACUACAAACACGAGCAUCAUCCAUCUGUACCAUCAUUAACAAUGAAGAAACAGCCUUUUUAGCAACCCUCGAUAGAGGCAUGGCUCUUUUGGAGAACGUUUUUAAUCGACCUGACUUGCAAGAUUCCAAAGUCAUUGCCCCGGAAAUUGUAUUUCAAUUAUAUGAUACUUAUGGCUUUCCAUUUGAUUUAACAUUCAUUAUCGCUAAAGAAAAGGGAUGGAAAGUCGACAUCAAUGCCGUCGAGAAACUUAGAGAAAAGCAGCGAAUGGAGGGUAGAGAAACAUGGAAAUCGGAUAGCAUCGCUAAUAAAUCAAGACUGUCAGAAUGGAGAAAGCAGAACAUACGCCCGCAAUUUACCGGUUAUCUACGGGAUGCUUUACUUCAACCACAAGAAGCUGAAAUUUUAGCAUUCGACGCCGUACAACAGCCCAACAACAAGAAAUUAGAAGUGAAUAUUGCUAUUGAUCCAUGUCCAUUCUAUGGAUUUGGGGGUGGUCAAGUACCUGAUCAAGGUAUAAUUGAAUUAGGCAACGGCAGUCAGUGGAAGGUCGUAGAUGUAACGCAACCCUAUGAAGGUGGUAUUGCCUUACGUAUUGAACCAGUAGCUGACACUGGGAAAGAGUUGGAUCUUCGUCAGCGCUUAGAAGCAGACAAGGAAUUUUUGCAAAAACGAGCAGUGGUACGAGCAAAAGUGGAAACUGUCCGACGCGAGAACACAGAAAUUCAUCACACGGCCACACAUCUAUUAAACGCUGGUUUAAGAAAGGUUUUGAACACACAAGACAUAGUUCAAGCAGGAUCUACAGUUGAGCCUGAAAAGUUGAGGUUUGAUUUUACUUAUGGCAAACCAUUGAAGGAGGAGGAAUUGAAAAAAAUUGAGAAUUGGGUGAAUGAAGCAGCAUUGAAAGGCGCCGGAACAAUCGUGAAGCACAUGAAGCUAAAGGAUGCUGUUGACUCAGGAGCUAUUGCUGCUUUUACAGAAAAGUACGGUGAAAAUGUGAGAGUUGUGGAAGUACCUGGUAUUAGUAAAGAGCUAUGUGGCGGAACACAUGUCGAUAACAUUCGUAAAUUGUAUCCUUUCAAAAUUUUGAAUGAAACUUCAGUAGCUGCAGGCACGCGCCGAAUUGAAGCAGUGGCUGGUUUAUCUUGUAUCAAAUGGUAUAAAAAAUCUUACGAACCUGUGCCGGAAGCCCUUAAACUACUACGUGCCAAUGGACCACAUGAACUCAUUGACAAGCUACAAAAAGUUCUGCAACAAACAAAAGACCUACAAAAGCGUGUGGAAUUUAUGAACGAGAAACUCGCAACUGAAGUCGGAAAAGAAAUGAAGCCAGUCAUAGGCAAAGUGAAAGGCGCUCAUCAGAACUUUACUCGAACACUUAAAGAUAUUGACGUGAAAGUACAUCUAAUCGAUGCUGAUCUGGAUGUAGCAUUCAUGCAGAAACGCGCUAAUGUAUUAAAAGAAACGCAGCCGGAGACGGCACAUGUUUUAGUAAAUGGCAAAAACAUAAUGGUUUCUGUAAAUAGUGCGAAUGUUCGAACGGAAACAGCCAAUUCGAUCAUGAAACAAUUAUUCAAGCACAUCAGGGGUGGCGGUGGCGGCCAAAAAGAAUUAGCUCAAGGGCGCUUAGCGGAAACGAUUGCUACCGAAAAGGAUGUUCGGACAAAACUGAUACCUGCAUUAUCGAAAUGCUAA